AUGAAGCAAUCCAUUCUCACCCCCCUCAUCGCUCUUGCGGCGACUUCAGUUGGUGUCCAAGCUCACGAGACUUUGAUCAAUGUGCCGGUCAAUGUAUGUGCCGCUGUCUUGGGAGAGGCCGAUUGCAAGCAAAUCACUUCCCCCAGCUCCGGUGGUUUGAUCAAUGUGCCUCUUAAUGUCUGCGCCGCUGUUCUCGGAUCCGUCAAAUGCGAAAAGCUGCUUUCUUCUGCCCAUGGUAUGGUCGGCCGCUCGCUCAUUAGCGUCCCAGUCAGUCUCUGCGCUGCUAUUCUUGGAGAGGUUGAAUGCAAGACCAAGACCGAAUCCGACGGCUUGAUCAGCGUCCCCGUUGAUGCCUGCGUUGCUGUUCUGGGAUCCGCUAAGUGCGACCAGCUCACUACUUCUGGCAGCGACAGCAAGGGUAGUGGUAAAGACGUCGGCACGCUCAUCAGCGUUCCAGUCAGCCUUUGUGCGGCUAUUCUGGGAGAAGCUGAGUGCAAGACCGAGACCUCAUCCGAUGGCUUGAUCAGUGUGCCGGUUGAUGCCUGCGUCGCUGUUCUGGGAUCCGCUAAAUGUGACCAGCUCACUUCUUCUGUCAGUGGCAGCAAGGGCAGUGGCAGUGGUAGUGGCAGCGACAACGGCAGUGGCAAAGACGUCGGCACGCUCAUCAGCGUUCCGGUCAGCCUUUGUGCGGCUAUUCUGGGAGAAGCUGAGUGCAAGACCGAGACCUCAUCCGAUGGCUUGAUCAGCGUGCCCGUUGAUGCUUGUGUUGCUGUUCUGGGAUCCGCCAAAUGCGAUCAGCUCACUUCUUCUGGUAGUGGUAGCAAGGGCAGUGGCAGCGACAGCGGCAGCGGCAGCGGCUCGCUCAUUAACGUUCCAGUCGGUCUCUGCGCCGCUAUCCUCGGAGAAGUUGAGUGCAAGACCAAGACCUCAUCUGGUGGCUUGAUCAGCGUCCCCAUUGAUACCUGCAUCGCUGCUCUUGGAUCUGCCAAGUGUGACCAGGCCUCCUGCUCCCCCAACGACAGCGGCUCGCUGAUCAGCGUUCCUAUCAACGUUUGCCUUGCUGUCCUCGGUGAGGCCGAGUGCAACCAAGCCUCCUCCAGCGGUUCCGGCAGCCUGAUCAACAUCCCCGUCAACAUCUGCCUUGCUGUUCUCGGAGAGGCCGAAUGCAACAGUCACGCCGCUACCACUGCCGGAUCUUCUACUAGCACCCUCACUCUCGGCGCACCUAUCCCCACUGGCCCCGCUGGUGGCUCUUCUCCCUCUGGCCCCGCCGGUGGCUCUUCCCCCUCGGGCACCGAUGUCAUGACCGCCCCCGGCUUCCCCAUCUCCUCUGCCACUUCCAUGCCCGUUGUCCCCUCAGCCCCCAGCUCUGGCCCCUCUGGCUCUGGUCCCGCUGGUCCCUCCGGCUCUGGUCCCGCUGGCUCCUCCGGCUCUGGCCCCGCUGGCUCUGGCCCCUCUGGCCCGGCUGGCUCUGGCCCCUCCGGAACUGCCGCCGUCACCCCUGGCGGCUUCGGCUACCCCGGUGCUCCCGGCCACCAGGCCAGCUCCACCAUGCGCCGUUUGAUUCCCACCCCCUCCGCCGGUGUCUCAUCGACCAACACUUGGACCACCGCUGUCCCCUCCAGCACCCCAGCCUACAACGCGGCCGGCCGUGCCACCAUCUCCGGCAUUGGCGCUGUCCUCGGUGCUCUUGCUAUCGCCGCUCUGCAGCUGUAA